UUAUGAUAAAAUUGAUAAAGUAAAAUAAAAACAGCAUAAACAAAUUAUUGUAACUAAUAGUUAGCAGGGAUUUAUACAUUAUAUUUUAAAGCAAAAUGGUGAAAAUCUGGAAGCUGGGUCUGAUGAGCUACGACACGGCCCUAAAGAUUCAAAGGGCUAUAGUUCGUAAACAACUGGAAUCCAUGACGGACGGCACAGGCAAUUGGGAUACUCUCCUAUUACUGGAGCACAGGCCUGUAUACACUGUCGGAAUCAGAGACGAGACAUGUAAAGAAGAAGUACAAAGACUGAGUUCCUUGGGAGCAGCAUUUAGGAAAACAGACAGAGGUGGUCAGAUUACUUUCUAUGGCCCCGGCCAGCUAAUAGCCUACCCAAUCAUUAACCUGAGACACUUCAAACCUAGUGUCAAGUGGUAUGUCAACAGCUUGGAGGAGACUGUCAUAGACCUUUUAUCUGAAUUAGGGCUGAAAGGUAAUAGGUCGCCGCACACAGGCGUGUGGAUCGACGACAACAAGGUCGCCGCGAUCGGCGUGCGCGCCACGCGGUACGUCACGUCGCACGGCGUCGCGGUCAACUGCGACAACGACCUGUCCUGGUUCGACCACAUCGACCCCUGCGGCAUCGACGACAAUGGCGUCACCUCCUUGUCUAAAUCCACUGGCCUACCUUGCACUAUAGACAAAAUUACCCCCAUGUUUAUAAAGAGUUUUGACAAGGUGUUCGACUGUAAAAGUGAAAAUCUUGAAGUAGACGCGCAGACUGAAAUUUUAGAUAGUAUUUAUAAUAAGAUAGUUGCUACGCAAUGAGUGCUCGCGAAUGGUAUUUAUUGUUUAUAUGGAUAUUUUUACAAUAUUUGUGUUUUUUACGCACAUGUUAGGUACAUGCGUUUUGCCUUGUCGUGCUGCCAUAAUCUUAGUAGUCCAGAUACAAAAAUAAUAGUUCGAGCUAAUUUACUACCUAGUUUUGUUCCUUCCUAAUUUGUAUUUAUUAACAGUUAACACAUUUAUCUGAUAAAUGGAUGCAAUUGAACUAGUAUCUAGGCUACUGUCCUUGUCCGUUUGUGUUGUCGAUUUUUUGUCAGGUUUUGAUAAAAUUUGGUGGAUAUGUAGUAUCCUAUUUUGUUUUACGAAAUUACGUAAACGUAUGGUAUUUUUGUAACUCAACGGAAAAUAUAAAUAGGUAUGUACAUUUUUUAACUUCCAAAUUUUAUCAAUAUCUGACGAAAAACGGCAGCUAAUAAAAUAGUACUUAAAUUGACUGUUAGAAUGAGCAGGUAUUUAUUAAUGAAAUUAUUGAGUUAAAUAAAAAAGAAAUAAUUUUCUACAAGUUUAUUUCAUUUGUUAAAUAAUGAAAAAAUAAAUAAGUCAAUUGAUUUAACCUAAAUAAAUAAAAGAUGAAGUCUCAAGUUGGGUUAGGAGAAACGACAAGUCGACGAUUUCUGGAAGGCAUGUACUCGUACAACUGUUGCGUCGUAGCUCAUUUCAUCGAAACCCAACUGAAAGUUCGUGGAUAGUAACCCGCUGCCUCCGCGGCAGCGGCGUAUUUACAUACAACGCGUAGCUACACGACACGGCCGCGGCCGCACCCCGGUGGCCCGCUGCUGAGAGGUUCCGGAUGACGCCCAUCUCCAACACCGGACACCCCCAGGGAAAUUUGCUAUUUGUUAUCAUACUUUAGACUACUUUUAUAUAAAUAAACCUAAUCGAUAAAUUCUAGUAAAGAAUUAUGCUAAAAUGUAAAGGUUACAACAA